AUGGAGAGUCUGAGUGAACUUCAGAACCCUCUGCUGCCUCGGAGCCCGGCCCCGCUGCAUGGCCGCUACCCCUACCCCGAGGCUUCGCCCAGCUGGUCAUGCCAGGAGAAGCUCUACUCCUACCUCCUGGGUGGUGCUGGCUCUGCUCGCACCCACCAGCUCCUGGACCCGGGGUCUCUGCAGCUGGCCGUGGAGGCCUGGUACAGGCCCAGCUGCCUCCUGGGGAGGGACAAGGUCAAGGAGCCCAGGGCAAGCAGCUGUGAGACCAGCUUCACAGAGAACAGGGAGCUCCAGGCUGGGCCCGCAGAGCAGUCCACAGAACCUGGCCAAGUAGAAGAGGAUAUCACCAUCCAGACCGUGUCCUACGGGGUUCAAGAGGAGCUGCAGGGCCAGGAGAACGACCAGGAGGAGGAGGAGAGUGAUGUGACCUCCACAGACAGUGAAAGUGAAGACAACUUCAUGGCGCUGCCCCCCAGGGACCACCUGGGCCUUACUAUCUUCUCCAUGCUCUGCUGCUUCUGGCCUCUGGGCAUCGCUGCCUUCUACUUCUCCCAGGGGACCAGCAAGGCCAUCUCCAAGGGAGACUUCCGCCUGGCCAGCACCACCUCCCGCAGGGCCCUCUUCCUGGCCACACUCUCCAUCGCCGUGGGCGCCGGUCUCUAUGUGGCCGUGGUGGUGGCUCUGGCAGCUUAUAUGUCCCAGAAUGGCCAUGGCUAG